UGUUAUUAAACUCGUUGACAAGUCAAUUGUUGUUGUCAAUGCUGCUGACACUUUCACUUGUAUUUGCCAAAGACAAAAUUCGAAAUACUCAGGAACAGUCACUUUCCUCCUGGCAGAAGCAAUUCUACCAGUCCAACUGGCAACAGCGUGUGCGAUUCACAGACAAGCCGGAUUCUAUGAGGAGGCGAAUAAUGAGUACGGAGAAGAAGCGUAUAGUUUAUCCGUGCUACUGCUACAAGCCACAAUCAGAGAACGGGGCCACAACCGCCAGCUACGAGAAGUAUAUGAUUGAGACCAAGGAUAUAUUUUUCUUGAACAAAUAAUCAUUUAACAGCCUAAAACUA